AUGACUUCUGACAACGAGCAAUCUGUGUCUGAGAAAGGCUUUGCUGGUUAUGAGGGGUUCUCGGCCGGUAACGCGUCCGGAAAUGGUCAAGUUGCAACUGAUGAAUAUGGCCAUUCCCUGGUGCAACUCGACCCCAAAGCCGAGUCUCGGUUGCGGACUAAGAUAGACUUAUACGUUGUUCCCACCGUGGCCGUACUGUAUCUAUUCUGCUUUAUUGAUCGCGCUAAUAUCGGAAAUGCCAAACUUGCCGGCUUCGAAGCAGAUCUUAAUCUGAAGGGCAAUGACUUCAACACUGUUCUCUCGGUCUUCUUCAUUGCUUACAUCAUAUUCGAAAUUCCUUGCACGAUCGCAUGCAAAUGGAUCGGACCCGGCUGGUUCAUUCCCGCGAUCGCCCUCGGCUUUGGAAUAUGCUCUCUAGGCACUGCAUUCGUGCACACAAUACAUAGUGCCUCCGGAGUGCGUUUCCUUCUUGGUCUCUUUGAAGCCGGCAUGCUACCGGGAAUAGCAUAUUAUCUCUCCCGUUGGUAUCGACGCAGCGAGCUUAUUUUCCGGAUAUCAUGCUACAUUGUCAUGUCUCCGUUGGCGGGGGCAUUCGGUGGACUCCUCGCAUCGGGGAUCCUAAAGCUCGACCAUUUCGGAAGUCUGAGAGAAUGGCGCAUGAUCUUCGCAAUUGAAGGAAUUAUUACUAUCGGUCUUGCUGUUAUCUCUUUUUUCACUUUGACCGAUCGCCCGGAAACUGCGCGAUGGUUAUCGCCCGAAGAGAAGAGCCUAGCCAUUGCAAGGGUGAAAUCCGAACGAGUCGCGACCUCCGAAGUACUCGAUCGUCUAGAUCGCACUAAGACUCUCCGAGGAAUACUUAAUCCCGCAACUCUUGGAGCAGCCUUGAUGUUCUGCUUGAACCAGAUCACAGUCCAGGGAUUAGGCUUCUUCGCCCCCACAAUUGUCAAGACAAUAUAUCCUGAUUCAAGUGUCAUAUCGCAGCAGCUCCAUACAGUUCCGCCGUACGCUGUAGGAGCUUUUUUCACUCUACUGUUUCCGUUCAUCUCAUGGAGGAUCGAUCGCCGACUGGUAAUUGCCCUUGUUUGUGCACCGCUCAUGAUGAUCGGAUAUAUCAUGUUCCUCGCAACAACUCACAAAAUGACCCAAUAUGGAGCCACGUUUCUGAUAGCAAGUGGAUCUUUCACCUUCGGCGCGCUCGUCAACGCGAUCGCGUCUGCUAAUGUCGUUUCCGAUUCUGCCCGGUCUUCCGCUAUCGGCACGACGGGAUUAAUCGGAAACAUUGGCGGCUUGAUCUCGACGUGGUCGUAUAUGGCCAAGGAUGCCCCUUUGUACCAUGUCGGGAAUGGGUUGAAUCUCGCAGCGGCAUCAGCUACACUGCUAGUUGCUAUUGCGUUGUUGCUUUACAUGACCUGGGAUAACUGUCGGAGGGAGAAACGUGAUGUUAGAGGUGAAUUAGACGGGCUGAGCCAGAAGGAGAUUGAGGAUCUGGAUUGGUGGCAUCCCGGAUUCAGAUGGAGGCCCUGA